AUGCCACCCAGCUGGCUCGCUUGGGCUGCUGAGGUGACUGAUGUCCCUAUCGUGCGUCUGUUGUCGUGGCGCCACACAGAGGUGAGCACGCCGUCCUGUGUCGGCCUACGCCACGACCUUGUGCUGCUUGGGCAGCCCAGUGGAGCAGUCCUCGUGUUCGAGCGGGCCAGCGGUAGUCUGCAUCGCGCGUUCCGGCUCGACGACAGCGGCGACGCAGUGACUGCGCUCACGGCCUCGUCGGACUUGCUGCUUGUGGGCCACUCAUCGGGUGCGGUGCGGCUUUGGAGUUUGUCCAGCGAGAAUGUCGGGGCCACUGCGGCGCUGCACGCCGUCGCUGACCUGCACUCCAGCCUGCACCGCGCGGCGGUCCGGCACGUCCGAUUUUUGCCAUCGUCCUCCUCGACUCUCGCGGUCAGCUGUGACGAGGCGGGCGUGGCGCAGCUCCUCGAGUAUGAGGGUCUGACCGCAUACGACGAGUGGAGCCUCCGCCGGCGACGCCUCCUCGACGGCUCCUCCGGUCCCAUCACAGCUGCUGAGGCGGCAACGCCCCCAGCAUUCCGGACAGCGGCGGCGGGCGCCGGGGUGCGCGCUGCCGCCAGUGGCUCUCGGGUCGACGCCAACGCCACCCUCCUCCUGGUCUGCACGCACCGCCUCUGCAUGGUGAUUCAGAUAACGCCGAUCGUGAGGCUGCUCCACCGGGGACGUCCCUUCCAGUCUGCUGGCGCGGCGGUGGCGACGAGAGCCUCACUUCGAGGCGUGUGGGACCGAGAGGGCCCCGCUUUCCGCCUCGCGGCGAGUGUGCCGCUCAGCUCGCCCGCCCGUGCGCUCUCGUGGCUCUGCUGCGGUGCGCUGCUGCUGCUGCAUCGCGACGGCUCGCUGCGCGUGUACGAGGAGGAGCCGGGCGAGGACGGUGGCAAAGCCGCCAUUCGGUUGCUCGAGGAGGUCCCCAGAGUGAGGGUCCGGGCUCACGUCGAGCUCUCGCACGGCGCUGUCGCGUUCGCCGCGGACGAAGAGAGCCUCGUGCUGCUCAACGUGCCGGCGGCCGGAGUCAGAGCCAGUGGUGCCGCCGAGAGUGAUAGCGACGGGCCAUCGCUGCUGCCGAACACGGCGCCCCUGCCGCUGAGGCCGCCAUUGCACCCAUGGCACGCGCCGCUGGUGGUACGGCUGCAGGCGUGGCGCGAGCAGGUGAGUGGUCUCUUGCGGCGCGGGAAGGGUCGGGCGGCGUUGGCCUCGCUACUCCGGAUGCUCGCGCACCACCGCUCGAGAGGUCUGCUCGAGCUGGCGGAGGAGGCAGGGAAUUUGUGCGAUGUGGUGUCGUCUACCGGCGUCUCGUUCCUCCGGGCAGAGGCGGCGGCCGUGGAUCCGGCGGCGGGGGAGCCGACCCCGCCGCACCUCGCCGAGGCUUGUGCAGUUGCGAUCGAGGCGGCUCUGUGCGCUGGCACCGGCCCAUUGCAUGAUUUGUUCCGCGGCGUCGCCGCCGAACCGAGCCCCCCGGGGUUGCCGCUGGCGCUCAUCGACGCGGCGGUGCCAUAUGCUCUGAGCGGGGCUUUGCCCGUCAGCGCCAUUGACGCCGCUGCUCGACAGCGCGAGAGCGCCGCCGCUCUCGAUCUUCUCCUCCGGGCGUUGCGCCUCGGCCUUGCAUCCCUGCACGGCGCUUCAUCGUCAGAGUCAGCAGAGGCGGCCGUGCAGGCGUUCGUGGCGUCCGCCGCCGACGUUUGCCAGCGGGGCAGUGACGGCAGCCUCGACGCGAUUGCGCGGACCGCCUCCGUCGCGGGCGCAUCGCUGGACGACUUUCGGUCCGCGCUGGUCGAGGCGCUCACUAUCUUGCGCGAUCAACAGGGGGUUCUCCUCGCGGCCACGGAGCUCCAGCAACACAGCUUGCUGGCGUCGAUGGAGUCACACCGGCAGCAAGUCGUGCGCGGCGCCAGCGGGUGGUGCUGCCCCUCCGGGGCGUUGGACUCGGAGGUCACGCCGAGCGCCAUCGUCAGCAAUGGCAGCAGCAGACCCAUUCCUAGGAAGACCAAGACGGUCCCUAGUAACGAAGCUGUCCUGCCUGCUUCCCCCGAGGUUGCAAAGCCCCUCAAUCUGCGAUGGUCUUGA